UGGAUGUUGUGGUUUUAUAACCUCACUUAAUUGAACUUACAAACAUUUUAUUAACAAAAAAAAAAACGGAAUAAACUUUUUAUUGCAAAAUUCAAUAAUGCGAUGAUGAAAAAUAUUUCACCCAUAUAAUGCCGAACGAUUUAUCAACUAAAGUCCAGCAACCAGACAUAAAUGAUGUGUUUGAAGAAAUUCUGUUUAGUGAAGAAAAGGUGAUAGAAAAAGGAUACCAGCAGGGGUAUUCCAUAGGACGGACCGAAGAUAACCCAGAAGGAUACCACUUAGGUUACCAUAGGGGGGCAGAAAUUGGAUCGGAAAUUGGUUAUUAUCAAGCUUUUGUUGAUCAUCAUCUGGACAUCACCAAAAGUGCUUCGGAAAAAGUGGUGAAACUCUUAGAAAAACUUAAAAAAGUUUGUGAUGAGUUUCCCCACACUAACUCUGAACAGUUUGACAUAUUUGAACUUCUAGAAACAGUUAGAUCAUGUUAUAAAAGAGUGUGUAUCCUGUUGAAGGUCAGUACCAGUUUCCAUAAAGAAGGAUUAAGUUUUUAA